UCCGUCCGUCCCUCCCUCCUUCUCUCCCGCUCCGCAAGAUGAGUGCUACGCUGCCGAGCCUUCUGGCCUCGUUGGCCGUGUUGCUGCUGGGAAGGAUGGACCGCCUCGCCGACGCCUGCAGCUGCUCCCCGGUGCAUCCGCAACAGGCGUUUUGCAAUGCAGAUGUAGUGAUCAGAGCAAAGGCUGUCGCUCAAAGAGAGGUGGACUCUGGUAACGACAUCUAUGGGAACCCCAUCAAACGCAUCCAGUAUGAAAUCAAGCAGAUAAAGAUGUUUAAAGGACCUGACCAGGACAUUGAAUUCAUCUACACGGCUCCUUCCUCAGCAGUGUGUGGGGUGACGCUGGAUGUUGGUGGAAAGAAAGAGUAUCUCAUUGCAGGGAAAGCUGAGGGCAAUGGCAAUAUGCAUAUCACACUGUGUGACUUCAUCAUUCCUUGGGACUCCCUCAGUGCUACCCAGAAGAAGAGUCUAAACCAGCGAUACCAGAUGGGCUGUGAGUGCAAGAUCUCCCGCUGCCCCUCCAUCCCCUGCUAUGUGUCUGCUCAGGAUGAGUGUCUGUGGACUGACUGGGUGACAGAGAAGAACAUCAAUGGACGGCAGGCAAAGCACUAUGCCUGCAUCAAGCGAAGUGAUGGUUCAUGUGCGUGGUACCGUGGAGUGGCCCCACCUAAGCAAGAGUUUCUUGACAUUGAGGACCCUUGAGUCCCCAGGGCUAUGGCAGUCCGGUAGCCAAUAGCAACAAGGCCUGUAAGAAAUUAGAUUGGUCCACCUUUGACAUCACUUCCUGGAAACAGCAUGAAAAUAAGGUCUCCCAGGCAGGCACAGUAGUGGUAGGGUGGAGGGGACUAAGGAAGGGGAUGUCUAGGCCACUUGCAUAUUGCUUAGUCUGUUUCCUCUACUGCGUUUCUGCCAAGGAGUGGUUUCUUACUUCCUGGAUUAUAGUUGCCAAUACAAGGCACACUGGAAGGGGAACCAGAAUGAACAGUAUGAUUGGCUGAGAGGUGUUGCCUCUGAUUCUGUGUAGCAGGCCUACCAGGUUCUUAUUGCCUUGAGAGGGGGCAUCCCUCAUUGUGGAGACAGCUUUCAUCCCCUCUGUUUCCUACUCUACUAGCUUCUGCCUGUGUAAGAACGCAUCUUUCCCUCCACACACACCACAAAUUAAAUUCCUCCAUACUCAGUGCUUCAGAGUCAUUCCUUUCUCUUUGCCACAUUCUCACACAAACACACCUGUGGUGGUCUGAGAGCAAACAUGUCUCUUAAACUACACAAAAGAAGAUGGGGCCUGUCAUGAGUUAUAUCAUCCUCUUGCACUGGUGGAAAGAAUUGCAUUCUCUUCCAAUGACAAAGCAGCCCAUUGAGAAUUAGCUAUCAGAGAGUCUCUCCUUUUAGGGACAAUAUUUUGGGGACUAGUCAGGUCACAAAGUUAGUCAAUGGAUGUUAAGCCCUGCCUGUGGUUCACAUGCAGGUUCACAGGCAGGUUCUGGGUCUGCAUUCUCAGCUAUCAGGUUUCAGUAAAAGAACAUUUGCUGGGGAAUCUGGGUGAGCCCAUCAGUCCUCCUAGUUGAACCAUCUGCUUUGCUCACUUCCUAUAUUGCAUGCUUGUACCGUUAAUGUAAAUCUGGUGCCAAAGUCUGUCACAGCCAGUGGAAAGAUUUAAUAUUCCCAUUAAGUGUUUAGGAUUUUGCUACCACAAGAGUUGUCCUCCACCUUAAAAUUUCUUGCUAUGCAGAGUAAUGAUUUUUUUUAACAUGGCCAAAGUAGCCCCAAGCUCUGCCAUCUGCCCUAUAUAUAAAUUGAUCUUUGUAAUAAGAGCUCCCCAGAAGGCAAGCGUUUGUGUUCCCUUCCCAAAUAUGUGACUAUAAGAGCCGGCGUCAAGGUAUACCCUUGUAAACUGUGAGUCUAAAUGCUCCUUUGGAGUAAUUAAACAAACCUUGGCUGCCUGCAAAAGAAUCGCAUCAGUUUCUCUGUCUAUAAUCUUACUUUCUUCUGAGCCAGUUCUUUCUUUGCUGUGGUCUCCAAGCUCUGCAUAGCCACCCCUUCUUCGCAAUACUCUAAAAUAGAUUUGGAGGGUAUCUGGAAGUAUACCUGCCCCUUGUGGCCUUUUCAUGCUGUUCAUCAAGGUAGAGUUUUAAAGAUGUCAUAUUGGACCAGUCUGUUUGAUUUCAAUAUAUUUUAAAAAAAAGAAAAAGGAAAAAAAUCUGUUCAGUCCAAUAUAAGACUCCUGUUUUGCUUCCUGUAUGGUUAUAUCCUAUGUGACAUUUACCUCUUUCUCUCUCUCUGUGCUGAUACUCUCUUUGAUUUUAAUGUUUUCCAUUUGUUUUGGCAAUCAGUUGUAUCAUUCCUCUAUUAUGUUUUUUUUUUUAAUUUCCUUGUUUAGCUGUUAGAUUUGCACUUAUUAUUUUUAAGGGGUUCUGCAUCGGAAGCUUUUAACACAAAAUGGGAAGAAUGUCAAAAUGUAUGGAGGGUGGAGCUCCCUUCAGUUAUUUCUGAGUACCGCUGGGAGUAAUAUUUCUCCUUCUGUUUUCCUCCUCAUGCCUCUGCAACAUGCAAAGGCCUUUUCUAGAGGUUGGAGGCUGGCUUUGACAUGUGACUGCUUCUUGCUAGCCAAAGUGCAGUUUUGUGUCUGCCAGGGAGCAAGACAAGUUUGCCAUUCAAGUAGCAGUCUAAAACACAACCAUUGUGAAAGAUCUAUUUAUGGAAAAGCACUAUGAAAGGCUCUUCAAUUGGCUUAAUUUAUAGCUGUGGGGUUUAGUGCCACACUGAACCUUCCCUGAUAUAAUACACACUUACACACACACAUACACACAGUUUCCCCUUCUUCAUGCCAGCAAUUCAAAAAAAAUAUUUUUGUUUAAGUUUACAUUAUUUUGAAACCUUUGCUUAGUAAGUAUGAAAAAUAAGUAUCUAACUUGCUGCCAUAAUUUAAAGCUUAUUGGGGAGCUGGGGCUGGGUUGUUGUUUGGUGGGUGGAGUAAUAUUGAUGAGGGGGGAAACUUUUUUUGUUGUUGUUGGAUUCUGAAAGCUGAGAUUUUCUUGUGCUGGGAACACAUGAAAGUUGUUGAAUAGACAAGCAGACUGUGCAUGUCUCUGAUGCUUUGUAUAAUUCAUACGUGGACACUUGAGUCUUCGGACAAUAAACAGUAUUAUCAAAUAAAA